AUGUCGAUUGUCUCAUUGUCCGAUGGCUCAAGCUCAAGCUUUACAGCAGAGGAUUUGAAAGACGUUGCAGCGCAGCUCAACUUUGAAUUACCCAAUGGCAAGGAUUCCGAUGAUUAUUUGCGUCUUCUCUGGUCCUUCGAGGCCGUCAUGAAGCAGGUGGAAGAUGGAUCCGACUACAUUCAUCCGGCGCUCAAGCCCCAGGCCCUCUCUACGAGCCGCAGCUAUUGGAAGCCGAAACCAGAGGACAACCCGUUCAAUGCCUGGAGUCACCGGUGCGACCUCCGCGCCGCAAAUCCCACCAGUGAUAUCCUCAAAGGCCGCACGGUAGCAAUCAAGGACAACAUAUCGGUAGCAGCGCUGCCCACGACGCUCGGGGCGCCCGCAUCGCUUGUAUCUGGAGACGCCGUGUUUCCCAUCUCGCCGAUCGACGCCCCUGUUGUAUCUCGACUGCUAGCUGCCGGUGCCGUGAUCAAGGGCACGUCUACGUGCGAGUGCUUCUGCGCAUCCCCCCUAUCAUUCACAUCAGCCACGGGGCCGGUGCACAACCCCCGCCUCCACGGCUAUACAGCAGGCGGCAGCAGCAGCGGGAGCUGUGCCCUAGUCGCCGCCCACUCGCUGGCUCUGGAGCAGGAUGACGGCAGUUGCAGCUCAUGGGGCGAGACGGUUGAGCUGGCCAUCGGCACCGACCAGGCUGGCUCGGUGCGCACCCCGGCCGCGUUCAACGGCCUCUACGGGCUCAAGCCCACCUUCGGCCUGGUCCCUUACACCGGCGGAGGGUCUAUGUCGCCCAUGAUCGAUCACCUGGGACCGAUCGCAUCCCGGCUGGAGGAUGUCGCCGCGCUGCUCGAGGUCAUGGCAGGAUACGAUGGCCUCGAUCCUCGGAUGACGCCCGAGUCCCCUCUGAUGGAUCAGGUGAAACCGUACCGUCAGCUCCUGUCAGAUUUCCGACAGCAGGUCCUGGCCAGGCCCAGCGAUGUAGGUCAGGGCUGGAAGAUCGGGCUUCUCACGGAGUCGUUCCUCGUCCCAGGUGUGUCCUCCGAAGUUCGUGACACCGUUCGCGAUGCGACAAGAAGAUUCUUCGAGGCGGCUGGAGCGACCGUCGUGGAGAUCUCCGUUCCCUUGCACAGCGAAGGUCCGGUCAUCUGGACCGCAUCGACAAGGCCAACCAUGUCCAGCUGGCUCUGCCAGGGAAGACCUUCUGGCCAUCUCACCUACCUGCCACCCCACCUAAAGGCUAGGUGGCCCCCCUCGCAGGAGAUGUACGAGGUCCUCAACUCGGCCAAUCCGGCACUAACCAACAUCAUACUAAGCGAGCGCUUUGCCCAGCGCUUCCUGCCGGCGGGGGACGAGGCAAAGGCCCACCGCAAGGUCUUUGAGCUGCGCGACGCGUACGAUAGGGCGCUUGAGGAGUUGGAUGUGCUCAUCGCACCGUGCGCGCCGACUGUUGCGAUGCCCCACCCCGAGACCGUGGAUAAGGAGGGCAGGACGCCCUCGGUUAUAGAGAGGCUUGCGCCGGCCAUUGGUUUGACGAGCAAUACCUGCCCGUUCAAUGUGACCGGCCACCCUUCCCUGACUGUGCCUUGCGGUUUUUCCAGCCGGCCCGAGCGGCCGGAUGUCCGUCUUCCUAUCGGCAUGCAGAUCAUUGGAAAGCGGUGGAAGGAUGAGGAGGUUAUCAAGGCGGCUGCUUUAUUUGAAAGGGGACGGGAGUUGAUAUCCAGCUAG